UCCAGGACUGGAACUGCCAGGGCGGCUUUGCGCCCGGGAGACCGAGGGCUGGCGCUGCUCGAGCUCUGUACGCCGGACGGCGGAUAUCCCCGGCCGGCCCCCGCGGCCCCACAUCGCUGCCGACGGGAGUUUGGGGAGACAGCCUCUCCUGUGCCCUGAAGGACUGCCUGCUCGGAGAGGAGAGAGCGACAGACUAGGGGGGGCGGCAAGAGAAGGGCCCAUUCUGCCUGUCGGGGUCGCGGCGCGGGACAGCAGGGCCAUGCUCCUCUCCAUCCUGACCGCGCUGUGCCUGUGGCUGCGCCUGGCGCUGGGCGUGCGCGGCGCGCCCUGCGAGGCGGUGCGCAUCCCCAUGUGCCGGCACAUGCCCUGGAACAUCACGCGGAUGCCCAACCACCUGCACCACAGCACGCAGGAGAACGCCAUCCUGGCCAUCGAGCAGUACGAGGAGCUGGUGGACGUGAACUGCAGCGCGGUGCUGCGCUUCUUCCUCUGCGCCAUGUACGCGCCCAUCUGCACCCUGGAGUUCCUGCACGACCCCAUCAAGCCGUGCAAGUCGGUGUGCCAGCGCGCGCGCGACGACUGCGAGCCGCUCAUGAAGAUGUACAACCACAGCUGGCCCGAGAGCCUGGCCUGCGAGGAGCUGCCUGUCUAUGACCGAGGCGUGUGCAUCUCGCCCGAGGCCAUAGUCACUGACCUUCCGGAGGACGUUAAGUGGAUAGACAUCACGCCAGACAUGAUGGUACAGGAGAGGCCUCUUGACGUUGACUGUAAACGCCUAAGCCCAGACCGGUGCAAGUGCAAAAAGGUGAAGCCAACUCUGGCCAAUUAUCUGAGCAAAAACUACAGUUAUGUCAUUCAUGCCAAAAUAAAAGCCGUGCAGAGGAGUGGCUGCAAUGAAGUAACAACAGUGGUGGAUGUGAAAGAGAUCUUCAAGUCUUCUUCCCCGAUCCCUCGUACUCAAGUCCCGCUCAUUACGAAUUCUUCCUGCCAGUGUCCUCACAUCCUGCCCCAUCAAGAUGUUCUCAUCAUGUGUUACGAGUGGCGCUCACGGAUGAUGCUUCUUGAAAAUUGUUUAGUUGAAAAAUGGAGAGAUCAACUUAGUAAAAGAUCCAUACAGUGGGAAGAGAGGCUUCAGGAACAGCAGAGAACAAUCCAGGACAAGAAGCGAACAGCUGGGCGCACCAGUCGUAGUAAUCCCCCCAAACCGAAGGGAAAGCAGCCUGCUCCCAAGCCAGCCAGCGCCAAGAAGAACAUUAAAGCUAGGAGUGCCCAAAAGAGAACCAACCAGAAAAAAGUGUGAGCUAACUGCUUUCCAAAAUGGGGACUUCCUCUCAGGAUGAGGCCAGGCAGUGCCCAGACGGCCUGCGGAAGGCCACACGCCCCUGCCUUAACGACUGCGGUACCCUCCGUAGACACAUCUUGCAGCACUUUCCUUAAUGAUAUGCUUCAGUUUUUCUUUUUAAGCCGCCACAAGCCAUAGUGGUCAGUAUGUCCUUUGGUGGGGAAGGUAUAUGAAAGCUGGUGGGGAAGCUUCUCGCAUUCAGAGUAGCCUGUGAGCAUCCUCUCCGAGAUCUCCACGUGGGGAAAACGUGCUUCUGUUGUACCGUUUGACCUAAUAUGUGCAUUGUAAAAUAAAUGCCAUAUUACAA